CCGCAGACCAGAGCAGAGCAGCGCUGAGGACCGUCAAUUACAGCCUCUCCGCCUGCCUCGUUAUAUCCUUCCUUCCUUUUUUUCUCUCCCGUCUGCCAAAACACGCACUUGUCACGGUUUGAGGACAUUACGGCAUGCGUAGACCUGUAAUUACGUCUCGCUAUGGACUCCUUUUGUUUUUUCCAGCGGGGGGAAAAAGCUCUGAAGCAGCAGCAGCAGCAGCAACAGUGAGGCGGGAAGCAUCCAGUGGAAAUACUAUCUGAUAACUCCAUUUGCUCGGCUCUCUCCGUCUCUCUCUCUCUCUCUCUCUCUCUCUCUCUCUCUCUCUCCGCUUGUGGCCGGUGUGAGCCGCUCAGGUUGGCGGAGCUCGGAGGCCGACAGCGGACGAUAGAGUGUCCGCUUUUUUUUUUUUUAACCUGUACUUUUUUUUUGGAGGGGGGGAAACACUGUUGUUACCUGUUUACCUGCCUACCUUCAAGUCAUUAACUCCACAGCCAUUACGCUUAAAAGAGGCGAACGAGGGACGAUGGUGAAUCCCGGAGGAAGCAGCCAGCCGCCACCGGUUGGCACAGGCUCUCUGUCCUGGAAGCGGUGCGCAGGGUGCGGGGGCAAAAUCGCAGACCGUUUCCUCCUUUACACCAUGGACAGCUACUGGCACAGCCGAUGCCUCAAGUGCUCCUGCUGCCAGGCCCAGCUGGGCGAAAUCGGCACGUCGUGCUACACGAAAAGCGGCAUGAUCCUCUGUAGAAAUGACUAUAUCAGAUUAUUUGGAAACAGCGGAGCUUGCAGUGCUUGCGGUCAGUCCAUUCCAGCCAGUGAACUGGUGAUGAGGGCACAGGGCAACGUGUACCAUCUCAAGUGUUUCACAUGUUCCACCUGCCGGAACCGGCUCGUCCCCGGGGAUCGGUUCCACUACAUCAACGGCAGCCUGUUCUGCGAACACGACAGACCCACAGCACUCAUCAACGGCCAUUUGAGUUCACUGCAGACGAACCCACUACUGCCCGAUCAGAAGGUGUGUUAGACGGACGCCGUGCAGGAAAGCAGCAGGAUGUGUGCCUUCAUUUUAGCCCUUACCCAUCGUCACCCGAGACAGUGUGGAUCAGCAGCACCCCCGGCCUUUUUUAGCUGUGCUCCUAAGGCCCUUUUUUUCGCCCUACCGAAAGGAAUCCUCCACCCAUCUAACCAGUAACCUGACAUUUAUUUCUGCAAACACCCCUCCCCCCCACCCACAACCCCCCCGCCCCACGCUCAGCCUUCAAACCGUGGCUUUUUUUCCCCAAAUACGGGCGGAUACUUUUUUGCACUUAACGCACCUGAAUCGGGAAGCUGAGGACUCCUUGACCUUGGAAUAACUUUAAAAAAGAAAAAAAAAGAAGAAAAAAAAGGAGACCGAAUCAGAAUCCAAGGGGGACUCUUCAGGAAGAGAAAAAUGAAAUAACACACAGAGGAUGUUGUGACUGAAGUGAGGGAAAGAGAAGAAGAAGAAGAAGAAAAAAGACUAAUGAGGUUUAAGAGAUGCAGGUUUUUCAACGCUUGCAUAUUUGUUUAAAGACAUUUUGGGGAAAAACAAGGACCUUUUUUCAUUUUUUUCCUCUCUUCCUUUUCUAUCCUCAUUUCCCAACAACAUGGUGUUUCAACUUUAUAUAUUUUAGGUGUUGUCAAAAGGGGAAUGUGUUUUUUUUUCUUUCUUUCUUUCUUUGGUGGUAUAUAAAUAUAUAUAUAAAAAAAUGGGGUUUUAAAAAAAAAAAUCUGUGGCUUUUUGUGAAAAACAAAUCAUGAACACACUCUUGGUGUUAUUUGUAAAACUUACCAUGUAUGUACAGUAUGCAUGUAAAUGUCGUUGUCCAGGCGUGGCUACAGUACAUUCAACCCUCCGCACUCAGCUCCAGUCCCUCCUCCUCCUCUUCCUUGCCCCCUUUUUCAAACCUUGAACCCACGGCAAACUGAAGAAAUCUGCUCAUAGUCCGUAAUGUAGAGAUCAUCACCAACAUAUAAAUGCUGAAUGAAAGAGAAAUUUAUUUGUGAUAUUUUCCGAGACAUUUGCUCC